AUGGAAGAUCUUCAAAAUUAGAAAAAGCUGAUAUAUUGGAAAUGACCGUUAAAUACUUGAGACAAAUCAGUAAGCAAGAGAAAAGUUCAGGAGAAAACUCUAAAAAUGAAAGAUAUCAAGCGGGUUAUAGACAAUGUAUGGGCGAAGUAGCUAAGUUCGUCUCUAUUACCCAUCCGUCUCUUACUGCAAAGUUUUUAGAUCAUUUAGAUCGUCGUUUGGCCUCGGAAUGUUCGAAAGAAGACCAACUCGGAGAAAAAGAGCAUUUAAUUUACAUUCCUUGUAAGAUACAACCGGAAUUUUGCCACCGAAAACCUGAAAUGUGGAGACCUUGGUGAUGAUUGAUGAUAGUUUCGUUUGCUUUCGUGUUUUAUUCAUUUUUUUAAAAAAAAUAUGUACAUU